AUGUCGGACUAUCCAGGUGCUCGUUCUUCUCAAAACCUCCGCCCGCCAAGUCUGGUUUUCCACGCCGACAGCGACGACGAUUUUGACAUCGUGAACCGCGAAGCGUUUACAGACGGUGGUGUUGAUCACGACAACGAAUCUACCGCUGUUAACCGCCAACUCAAUCGUGACGCUGUCGCUCAGAAUUCAGCUGCUGCGAAUCUACUGAUACCCACUACGACAACCACAUCUUCCUCCUCUCUUUCACUCCCGACGAUGAACGCCGAAGACGAGGCAGGGGACUCUCCUGCGUCCCCUGGGUUCAAGAACCCUUUCAACUUCCAGACACAAGUGAUAUCUGCAGGCCCCGUCAAGUCGAACAUCGGGCAACGUCGCGGACACAGAUACAAGCACAGUAGUAUCUCCUCCCAACAUCAGAUCUUCAAAGAGCCGCCUCAGAGACCUCCACCCGUCCUGCCUGCUUCUCUCCCUAUCCCGACCGUUCGCGAGGCAUGGAAGAGCAUGACAAAGGAUCAGCGUAUUCACUGUUAUUGGAGUAUGUGCCAUCUUGCUGUCGCUACAUUUAUCUUCUUCCGCUCAGAAGGAUCUCUUGCCACUACCGCUCUCUCGCAUCUUGUCUUCUUCGAUGCUGGUAGUGCUGCUGUCUGUGUCAUGGUAGAUGUUUUGGGCAAUUUUGAGGUUUGGCGGCGCAGCAGUAUUCGGCACCCGUUUGGUCUCGAGAGAGCAGAAGUUCUUGCUGGAUUUGCCAUGUCAGUUUUCCUCCUCUUUGGAGGGUUUGAUCUGGUGUCACAUACUCUGAAGCAUUUCCUCGAGUCUCUCGGUAGCCACGAGGCUCAUCAUGAACAUGGGCAUGAAGGCCCAGACGGCUCCAUUGACCUUGUGUCUGCCGCUGCUAUGGUGAGCACUCUCGUUUCGGCAUAUGGUCUUCGAAACCAUGCUCGCAUUGCCAAACUUAUGCGUGUUUCGUACCUCGCUGCUCUGCCAAGUGUGCUGUCGAAUCCCUUCCACUUCCUCACACUCUCCUUCUCCGCUGUCAUUGCUCUUCUUCCACUCCUCUCCAUUUCUCUUUACACAUGGCUAGAUCGCCUUAUUUGUGUCGUAAUCGCAUUUGCCAUGUUCGCCCUUGGAAUGCGAUUAGCCGUAGCGCAAGGUCUUAUGCUACUCAUGUCUUAUGGGGGCAAUGGGGGCAACAAUGGUGUCAGUGCUGUCCUUCGAGAGAUUGAGACUGAGCCAAGCGUCGUUGCUAUCGAUGACGCCCAGUUCUGGCAAGUUCAUUAUGGUCUUUGUAUGGCUAACCUCAAGUUGAGUGUGGUCAAGGGCUAUGAUGAAAUGUCUAUCAGUAAGCUGCGGCAGCGCAUCGCUGGCUUGAUUCAGAAUAGACUGGGCGAAGGGUACGGCCAUGGCGGCAGUAUUCGAUGGGAGGUGACGUUACAAAUGAGUACAGAUGGCAGCACUUGA